GCGAGAGAAGACGAGAAGAAAGCCAAGAAGGAGAAGGAACAACAGCGGCGCGACUCGCUGGAAUCAACAGGGUCGCAGUUAUGUCUCGAGGCUGAGCAGCGGGUGGCCAAGCGCCAACGAACAUCCAGCAGUGUCACAAAAAAAGAAGAGGCCGACGCCGGCCUCUUGGAACUCCUCGACUUUGAAAAGCAAAGACACUCUGACGACCAUGCUUAUAGGAUGGAGCGUCUUGAGUUUGACAAGGAAGAACAACGAAUUCGAUUGGCGCAAAUGUCCGAGAGCGCUAAGCGCAAUGAGCAACUCGAACGAUUGUUGAUUGAAAUGGGAAAGUUGAUCCAAGUAGUUGCUGAAAAGGCCAAGUAA